AUGAGAAGACCUAAAUCGAGGAAAUUCAAGCUACAAAAUCGCCUCUCUGAGGUCAAUGAAAUCGAGAUCCUCGAAUCAUGGUUACAUUCGGGCAAACCCGAUUCCGGCUCCAACCCGAUGUCAUUUGCUCCGCCACCGCCAAAGUCUCCAAUCGGCAGGCUACCGGAUGGCACUUUCUCCCCGUACGCAGGCUCCGAGAAGUUCGCUCAAUUACCUCUGUCGAAGAAGACCAAGGAUGGGUUAUCGGAGGCCAAUUAUUCGAAGAUGACCGACAUUCAGAGAGCGUCUCUCCCGCACUCCCUCUGCGGCCGUGAUAUUCUUGGGGCUGCUAAAACUGGCUCUGGCAAGACUCUAGCUUUUGUUAUACCGGUUUUAGAGAAGUUAUACCGAGCUAGAUGGGGGCCAGAGGAUGGGGUUGGAUGCAUUAUAAUGUCCCCAACGAGGGAGUUAGCUGGUCAGCUUUUUGAAGUUUUGAAUUCCGUGGGCAGACAUCAUGGCUUUAGUGCUGGCCUUUUGAUUGGUGGUCGCAAAGAUGUUGACUUGGAAAAAGAACGUGUUAAUGAGUUGAAUAUUUUGGUGUGUACUCCCGGACGGCUACUUCAGCACAUGGAUGAGACUCCAAAUUUCGAUUGUUCACAACUGCAGGUGCUGGUUCUUGACGAGGCGGAUCGUAUUCUUGAUGUGGGAUUUAAGAAAGAACUAAAUGCAAUAAUCUCCCAACUACCAAAGCAAAGACAAACCUUACUAUUCUCCGCUACCCAAACAAAGUCGGUUCAAGAUCUUGCAAGACUCAGUCUCAAAGACCCAGAGUACAUCAGCGUGCAUGAGAAGUCUGAAACUGCUACUCCAAACCGUUUGGAGCAAACGGCUAUGAUUCUUGAUCUUGAGAAGAAAUUAGACAUGCUGUGGAGUUUUCUAAAAGCACAUCUUAGUUCAAGAAUACUGGUGUUUCUUUCAAGCUGCAAGCAGGUAAAAUUUGUAUUUGAGGCUUUCAAGAAACUUCGUCCUGGAAUACCAUUGAAAUGCCUCCAUGGAAGGAUGAAGCAAGAGAGGCGUAUGGGGAUAUAUGAGCAAUUUUGCGAGUCACGAUCUGUUCUCUUUUCAACUGAUGUUGCAGCCAGAGGCCUUGAUUUCAACAAGGCCGUUGAUUGGGUUGUCCAGGUUGAUUGCCCGGAAGAUGUUGCUUCUUACAUACAUAGAGUGGGGCGAACUGCACGGUACCUUUCUGGUGGGAGAUCAAUCCUAUUCCUGACACCGUCAGAGUCAAAGAUGCUCGACAAAUUACAAGAAAAGAAGAUACCUAUCCGAAUUAUUAGGGCAAAUGCCAAAAGGUUGCAACCUGUUACUGAUUUGUUGCGGGCUUUGUUAGUUAAGUAUCCGGAUUUGAAGUAUUUGGCCCAGAGGGCCUUCAUUACUUACUUGAGGUCCAUCCACAAACAGCGUGAUAAGGAGAUUUUUGAGGUCACCAAGCUGCCGAUUGAUGCAUUUGCUGCAUCUUUAGGUCUUCCCAUCACGCCCAAAGUCCGUUUUCUCAACCGAAAUGUGAAGGGAAAAAAGACAACUGAAGAGCUGACCCUGGUGCCAGAGAGCAAUGCUCACACGAAUUCAUCUGAACUUUUGAAAGGAAGUUUGGGCCCAGUCGAGCUGGAGAAAGCGGAACUGGAUCCGGAGGAGGGCAUCCUUCUGGAGAAGGAUGCUGAAGUUGUGGAGAAAGAAAAUGCUAUUGAUAUCAGUGAUAAAUUGCCUGCUACCAGGGUUUUGAAGAAAAAGAAGUUAAAGAUAAACAUGCAUAGACCUGUUGGUACGAGGGUUGUAUUUGAUGAUGAAGGCAACACUUUGCCCCCUCUUGCCAAGCUUGCCGACACCUUGACUGAGUCUGACUCAAUUAAGCUGGACAAGGACAAAGUGAGCCAAAGAUAUGCGGCCUUGAGAGAGGAGAUGAAAGUGGUGGACAAGGAAGACAAAGCCUUGGAACAAAAACGCCGGAAAGAAAAACGCAUCAAGCAGAAGAUGAAGUUGAAAAGGGGCAGGGACGAAGAUGAUGAUGGUGAAGACUAUGAUGAUGAUGAUGAUGAUGAUGAUGUAUCUGAUUUGGAAAGAGGGCCGAAAACUACUAGCAGUGGACUUAAUAAGAAAUCGAAGAUUUAUUUAGGCAGCGAAAGUGAUAAUGACGAUGAAGAUGGUAGAACGAGAGGAGCAGCUGCAGCCACACGUGUAGAUGAAGUUACGUUGGCUGAGCAAGAGGAAUUGGCUCUCAAGUUGUUGAGUUCAAUGCAUUAG